CGCCCGACUCGCCCGACUUCGAGCCUUCCGCCGCUCGCCCGGCUUAGCUCGUACUCCUUGGCCCAACUUUCGGUCGCGGUGGAUAACUUGCGCGCCAUCUAUUGCACACCAAUCAAGCCUCCCAAGCCUGCGCUUGCUUUGCCCAAACGCAAGCUGCUGCCGAAGCACCUCGUCCACGACACAUCCGUUCCCGAUUCCGGUUACGCCUCCGCCGAAGGCGAGGAAGAGGACGACGAGGAAACUGCGCAGGAUGAUCCAGAGGAGGAUGCUUACGACCCCGACGUCUUGCGUUCCGACCCCUUCGAACGCGAGUAUGCCAUCCGCUGGCUCACCGGCUUCACCGCGCGCGCGGACAUGUGGGCUUAUGCCUCCGAAGACGAGGCGGAGACGGACGCCCGUGCGGCCUUCGUAGAUGCCACGGCGUCUCUGCUCGCGACCUUCGCAGGAGAGGAGGAAGAAGAGGACAUCACACGCACGUUCACCUUCCCCACCGGGCCCGAGUCAAGCGCGGUCCACGUCGAGCUCAAUGACGCUGCGCUGCUCAGCGACGACCACACCUCCGUCGGCCUCCAAAGCUGGGGCAGCUCUAUCCUGCUCGCGGAGCGCAUGUGCAUGCACCCCUCCGACUUUGGUCUGGUCAACCCCGCGCAACGCGCCCUACGCGUUCUGGAGCUAGGUGCCGGGACGGGGCUACUGAGCAUCGUCGCGGCCAAGGUCCUCGCCUCUUCCGCCCCGUCCUGUUCCCCUACGGUCGUAGCGACGGACUACCAUCCCUCCGUCCUCGCCAACCUGCGCGCGAAUGUCGAGACGAACUUCCCUUCCUCAUCCGACACCGCAGUGGACGUCCUACCGCUCGACUGGCAGACCCCCGUGUACGAAGGUCCGCUCUCUGAGCACUUCGACGUCAUCUUCGCCGCGGACGUGGUGUACCACCCCGAGCACGCGUGCUGGAUCAAGGCUUGCGUCGAGCGGCUGCUCGCGCCUGAGCGCGGCGUGUUCUGGCUCAUCAUCCCCAUCCGCCCGACGGGCAGGCAUGAAGGCAUGACGAACACCGUGGAGGCGGUCUUCCCACAUUGCUCAGCUGUGAAAGCUGGGAGGGAGCAGCGCGAGCUGGCCAUUCUGGAGGUUGAAGGGCUGAGGAAGCAUGACGGAGUGGGCCGUGCAGACGAGGGCGGGUACAGGAUGUACAAGAUAGGGUGGGUUUGA